CGCACGCUUUCGGCGAAGGAGGUUUCGUAGUAAUAAAUUUUAGUGUUGUUUUAACUCUUGUUUAGUACGCAUUGUGAAAAAUAUUGAGCUUUUAUCGAUAAAAAUAAUAAAAUACGAAGACUAUAUUUGAUAAAAAAUAAGUGAAUGUUUUAUCAAAGACUUGAGUAUUUAUGCAAUAGCAGUGUUGAUAGUGAUAAUUAUUGUUGAUAGUGCUUAAAUCUGUUUAUGAUGCACGUUGGUUGGGACGCAGCAGCCAUGGGCCCGACAGCAUUCGAGCAGCAGUGGAUGCCGAUGCAAGUCAAAUCCGAACCCCGCGAUAUCCAGCACAGUGAGCCUUUCCAUUCAACUGAAAGCAGUAGCAGUCGCGAUUCCAACCCCAAUAGUCCCCAAAGUAUGGACAGCAUUGAAUCUCACCACCAGCAAAUGCCUAAUGCAUACUACGAUCCUAGUGCUCAUUAUCGUAUGCAAAGCACAAAUCCAAUGAUGCAACACCAGUUCAAUCCAUUGACGCCUCCAAAUUUUGAUACGCCGAAAUUGGACCGUCUUUUGGGUGCCUACCACCAGCAUUUAUCAGCAGCAGCUUGCUUGCCUCUGCAAGCGCCGACUCCUCCAAAAUCUCCAUCUGGAAUUCUUCCAGAAACCCCAGAAUUGACGGCUAAUGAAAACAGCUGUGGAGAGAGUGAACAUUCCGACGAUGGACCUAAAGAUGAAGGUGAUAAUAAGCAUUUGAAUUAUGAUUCGGGUGAAGACAAUGAUGAUUUAUUGAGCACGCAGAUUAAUUCGCACGGCAAAGUGAAGACUUUCAAAUGCAAGCAAUGUGAUUACGUGGCUGUAACUAAGACUGAUUUCUGGAAGCACAUCGAACAGCACAUUAAACCUGAGAAGAGAUUGUACUGUCCGAAAUGCCUUGUUACUGAAUACAAACAUCAUCAGGAAUAUCAUUUACGUAAUCACACCGGUUCCAAACCUUUCCAAUGUAAUAAAUGCCGUUACAGUUGUGUGAAUAAAUCUAUGUUGAAUUCACACAAAAAAUCGCAUUCAAACGUUUACCAAUAUCGAUGCGCUGACUGCAACUACGUCAGUAAGUAUUGUCAUUCAUAGUUACACUUGAAAAAAUACAAACAUCAGCCCGCUAUGGUUUUGAACCAAGAUGGUACGCCGAAUCCAUUGCAAAUCAUCGAUGUUUAUGGCACAGAGAAGAGGACCUAAAGCCAGACCAACUCCAAACGGGAUGAUAUGCCGCAGCAAAUGUCCAUACAAACUACACCCGUUAGCCGUUUACAACAAUUGCAACAAGAAGAGCAGCAAAAUUUGGCUAACGUUCAUCAACAGCAAAUGUUCCAGAAUCCAUUUGCCGGAAUUCCGUUCCAUAUGGACCUUUGCUCACUGCCUUCCCAGAGCGUGACCGCAGGAAAGAUUCAAAGUAUAACAGGAAAAGCAGCUUCCGAAGAAAUGGAAGAAUAUUGCGAUAUGCACUUUGGGAAAAGUGCCAAAUCUACAGCUGGUACACCUCAAGACACUUUAAUUUAUGAAAAAUUUUUUUAG